AUGUGGCAGUUAUUGCAAAUGCAAUCAUGUCAAUUAAUGCGGCAAAGGCUUAUUAAUGUUAAAAGUAAUAGUUACUUUAUUAAUAUAAUCAAAAAUAAACCAUCGGAUGCUGUUAAAAGAUACUUUUCAAACGCGAAGAAUGUUAAGGAAACUGAUGUCAAGUGUACUUUACUGCAACUUACCAGUCCAUGGAAGCUAUGUACUGGCGUUAGUUUGGGGUUAGCAGCACGUUUUUUAUAUAGUAAUAGUUCAGUAUUUUGUAAAGCUCUACCAUCUAGAAUUAUACAGCGUCGACCAAAGUAUAAUGAGGAUAGUUCAAAGUUUGACUGGAAGAGAUUUUGGGAAUAUCUUUUGCCUCAUAAAUGGCUUCUAGCUGCUGCUGUUGCUUCAGCAUUAGCGGUUGCAUUCCUGAAUGUGUACAUUCCAGCCAUGCUGGGUGUAAUUGUGAAUAUACUUGCAAGUAUGAGAUCUAAUCCGAGUAUUGAUUUCAUUGAGGAUAUAAAGCUGCCUGCUUUGAAGCUCAUAUCAUUAUAUAUUGGACAGGCUGCAUUCACAUUCCUAUACAUCCACCUUCUAGCACAAGUCGGGGAGCGGGUUGCGGCACAGAUGAAGCAAGAUUUGUUUGUGUCAAUCCUACAACAGGAUAUAGCAUUUUUUGAUCAAGAGAGAACUGGAGAACUAGUCAAUAGAAUAACGGUAGAUGUACAAGACUUCAAAAGUUCCUUUAAGCAAACUAUCUCUGGAGGAUUAAGAGCUAUAACUCAGGUAGUGGGUUCAGCGGUGAGUCUAUUGGUGAUCUCACCACAUCUCACCGGCCUUACAUUAAUCUGUGUACCCUCGGUAGUCAUUGGUGGUACAUUUAUUGGAUCCUUAUUAAGAAAGUUAUCGAGAGAGGCACAAGCUCAGAUAGAAAAAACGACAUUAGUGGCUGAAGAAGCGAUCUCCAAUAUAAAAACUGUAAGAGCAUUUGCUGGUGAGGAGAAUGAAGCCAGGAUGUUUAGAGAUGAAUGUAAUGCUGCCGCUGAACUUAGUAUGGAACUGGGACUUGGAGUUGGGUUGUUCCAAGCUGGGACCAACUUGUUCCUUAAUGGUAUGGUGUUAGCGACCAUGUUUCUCGGAGGCCACCUCAUGUCAACCGGUCAGAUGUCUGCUGGUGACGUCAUGGCGUUCCUUGUGAACGCACAAACAGUACAAAGAUCUGUAGCGCAACUAUCAUUAUUGUUCGGUUCAGUUGUGAAAGGUCUUAGCGCUGGAGGAAGAGUUUUUGAGUAUAUUAAUAAAGAGCCAUUAAUGGACACGUCUGGCAAAAGAAUCAUCAAAUACCACGAGUUCCAUGGAGACAUUGAGUUCAAAGAUGUUACGUUCUCAUAUCCGACGAGACCAGAAGCGGUUAUCUUAAGAAACUUCAAUCUGAAGAUACCAGCAGGUAAAACCGUCGCUAUCGUCGGCACGUCUGGGAAUGGGAAAUCUACUAUAGCUGCUCUAUUAGAAAGGUUCUACGACGUGAGCCAAGGCUCUGUAACUAUAGACGGUGUGGAUGUCAAAGAGAUGGACGCUCGCUGGCUCCGCGGGAGGGCGCUGGGUCUCAUAAGUCAAGAGCCGGUGUUGUUCGCUACUAACGUGAUGGAGAACAUACGAUACGGACGACCUGACGCCUCAGACGAUGAGGUAUACCAAGCGGCAAUAACAGCGAACGCUGAUGGAUUCAUUCGUAACUUCCCCGACGGAUACAAUACUAUGGUUGGUGAGAGAGGCAUGUCGCUCAGUGGAGGACAGAAACAAAGGAUCGCUAUAGCGAGGGCUGUACUGAAAAACCCUCCCGUCAUGAUAUUAGACGAAGCUACGAGCGCCCUUGACGGAGCCAGCGAGCAGAUAGUCCAGGCAGCGUUGGAGCGAGCCUCGGUCGGCAGAACAGUGCUUGUGAUAGCUCACCGCCUCUCAACUGUUAGAUCCGCGGACCUCAUAGUGGUGCUCAACAAGGGACAGAUAGUUGAGAUGGGUUCACACGACCAGUUGAAGAAGCUGAAAGGACACUAUUGGAACCUCAUCAAACAACAAGACCAAGAUUCAGAGAAUUCUCGAUCUCUAUAA